ACAGUUCCCAGUUAGUAACUUAGUAUCCUUCUCCUCGUCAAAAAAAAAAAACUUAGUAUCCUUCUCCAUUUAAAAGAGCCUUCUACAUCCCUGUAGUACCAGCUCUUCUUUUUCCGGCAAAGUUGAUCGAAGUUCGCCGGAAUUAUGUCAUCGGUGUACGUUUUAGAGCCACCAACAAAAGGAAAGGUCGUAAUUCACACCACAUACGGAGCAAUUGACAUCGAACUUUGGCCAAAAGAAGCUCCAAAAGCCGUUAGAAAUUUCGUUCAACUUUGUCUUGAAGGUUACUAUGACAACACCAUCUUUCAUCGCAUCAUCAAGGGUUUCCUUAUUCAGGGUGGUGACCCCACUUCCACCGGCGUCGGUGGUGAAAGCAUAUAUGGUGCAGCCUUUUCUGAUGAAUUUCAUUCUCGGCUACGUUUCAACCAUAGGGGCUUGGUUGCUUGUGCAAAUGCUGGUUCUCCGCAUACAAACGGAAGUCAAUUUUUCAUGACAUUGGACCGUUGUGAUUGGCUUGAUAAGAAGAAUACGAUUUUUGGAAAGGUUACUGGAGAUUCUAUAUACAAUCUUCUCAGGAUAGGAGAAGUUGAAACUGAUAAUGAUGACCGACCCUUAGAUCCUGCUCCAAAGAUAACCUCUCUUGAGGUUAUAUGGAAUCCCUUCGAUGAUAUUGUCCCCAGAGAAUCUUUUAAGAAGUUACCCCAGCCGGUUACUGACAAAGAGAACAAAGAUGUGAAGAAGAAACCUGUGAAAAAGCUGAACUUACUUUCAUUUGGUGAAGAAGCUGAAGAAGACGAGAAAAAUUUGAUGGCUGUAAAGCAAAAAAUUAAGAGCAGUCAUGAUGUAUUGGAUGAUCCUCGUCUACUCAAGGAACAUAAUCUUACUGAAGAAAUGGAUCCAGAUGAACUCAAGAAUGCAAGAAUUUUGCAAUUAUCUGUGAGAGAAGCUUUGAGCUCAAAGAAACCAGAGUCACAGAAAGAGACAGCUGACGGGUUACCUGAAUCGCAUGCUCAAAGUGACAGCGAAGAUGAUGAAAUAAGUUUUGAUGCACGGAUGCGUGAGCAGAUUUUGAGGAGGAGAUUGGAAAUCGGUGAUAUCCCCGCUAAGAAAAAGUCUCACAGUGAGGGAUCAAAGUCCAAGGAUCAACAGAAGUCAGCUCCAAGUAGGUCAGAUCCUGAAAGUUCAGAUGACCAAAGAAAAGUGGCGAAAUUGUCUAUCAGGAAAAAGGGAAUAGGAUCUGAAGCUAGGGCAGUACGUAUAGCUAAUACUGACACGGACCUGCAGUUGUUAAAUAAUGCUGAACGAGAUAGAUUGUUGCAGAAACAGAAGAAGCGGAGGCUGAAGGGACGUGAAGAUGAUGUACUUGCGAAACUUGAGCAGUUUAAAAGUUCAAUUGCUUCAAAGCAUGUUGAACCACUUGGCAAAUCUGAAGGUGGAAUUGGUGAAGAUUUAUCAGACUGGAAAUCUGUCCGCCUAAAAUUUGCACCUGACCCUAAAAAGGAUAAAAUGUCGCGGAGUGAAGAUGUCAACGAUUAUGCUGUGAUUGAUCCUCUUCUGGAGAAAGGGAAACAGAAAUUUAACAAGAUGAUAGCGAAGCAAAAGCGACGAGAACGUGAAUGGGCUGGGAAAUCCCUUACUUGAUUUUCUAUAGAACCUCUUAACAGUUGUCAGAUGAUUAAUAUAUUUCUAUGAUCCUGCUUCGCACGAUGAAGAUGAUGGCCAAUAGCUUACUCGCUUUUCGGAAGGAUGUUGCUCCCAAGUUCCAAGCAUGAAUAUCUCUUGUAUUAGAUGAGCAAACUUUUUUUUCACACAUGAGCACAAUUUUGGAGUAACUGUUAUAUAUGUAAAUGUGUAUUUUCCUAGACUGUAAUUUAAAAUCUACUCUUCAGUGAUGUUCUUUGACCCCUUGAUUCUUAGUGGAACAUUCCUCAGUUUA